AGUUUAUACGUCUAUACUGUCUCUCUCUGCAGACGAAAAUUGUCAAAAUAGGAGUGUCGGUGGUGGCUUAUUUAAGUUAGGAAUGGGUGUAAAUUGGUGGGUUUAAUGGGGUGUGGUUGAGGUUGGCGGCGGAGCAGUGCAUGAUGGAGGAGGUAGACCUGAGUGACCAGCCCAGACAGAGGGUCAACAGUGAUAACUUGAGUAGUGAGGUGGACGAGACUCCAGACCCCAGGAUCCAGGUUGAACUGGAACGCCUCAACACCUCUACCGAUACCAUUAACAAAUUGGAAGUUGAUCUUGAUGAAGCUCGCAUGUUAUUCCGGCAACUCCUUGCCGACUCCACCCACCGUAUUGACAUCCUGGCCAAGAGACUGGGUAAAUGUGUUGAGCAGUCACGGCCAUAUUAUGAUGCUCGUAUCAAUGCAAAGCAGGCACUCAGGGAGACCCAGGCAGCUGCUGUGCGUUAUGAGCGUGCCAUGAGCCAGCAUGCUGCUGCACGGGAGAUGGUAUUCCUGGCAGAAGAAGGACUUAUGCAGAAGGGCUGCGUCUUCGACCACACGUGGCAGGAGAUGCUCAAUCAUGCCACAUCAAAGGUUAAUGAUGCUGAACGAGAAAAAAUUGAGAGUGCUGCAGAACAUCGGCGCACAUCGGCACUCUACCAUGAGGCUGAGACCAGGGUCAAAGCUUUACAGAAAGAGCUGAAGAGAGCUAUUGCAAAGUCCAGUUUGAAUGCACGUCGCAGCCUGUUGCAAAUGAAUAACCUUGUGAGGAUGCACCAGCUGCAGCUGCUGCCAUAUUUUGAGCUGAAAUCAGCAGUGAACCAGCAGCUUGAGGCCCAGAAGCAACAGGUGCGACAGUUAGAGGAGAGUGUUGCUAGAGCCAAGGUGACCUAUGCUCAAGCACUCUCCAACCUGGAGACCAUCUCUGAUGAAAUUCAUCGUACUCGUCAAUGUCAGCUAGACCUGGGUGUUCGGGGCAUUGGGGUCGGGGCGGAGUCUCCUUUACCUCCACUCCAAACUAUAGAUGGGGGACUCCCGCUUCCAACGCACCCGCUUCACUAUGCUGAAUCAAGUCUAGAAACCAAUACUCAGGAGUUUAAAUCUUUACCGGGAAAACUAGGACCUGUGGCAGCACCCAUUAUGGCAACUGGGCAAACUGCAGCUGCUACUAUUACUACUGCUGCUGCUAAUACUACUGCUGCAGCUGCUACUGCUGCUUCUGCUGCUGCUACUGCAGCUGCUGCAGCUGCUGCUACUGCUGCCUAUGUCAUGACCCAGUGUGAUAGUCAGGCUGGAGGAUCAGCUGUGAGUGGCACAUGCACAGCAGAGGAGAACUGCAGCACAGCAAGGGAGGGUGGACAGGACAGAAGCUUAGUGAUGGAUGCUGGAGACGUUCUAGCAGAGGAUGUGGAUGAAGCAGCCACAUGCACAGACCUAUCAGGUUGGCAGGUUAUUGGUCUGGGGAGCCCAGCACUAUCACCAGCAACACAGUACCUUGCGGUAGAAGACCGAGAUUCUAUCAUCUCUGAUACAGAGAGUCUAGCCAGCAUUGAAAUGCUUAGUGAUGAAGCUAUUGCAGGAUUAAUGCUGGACGAAGAAUUAGCCGAAGCUUCAACUUCCAUCUGCACCCCCCUCAACACCCCUAUUGUAGAUCCACCGCUGUCUCUAGCAUCAGCCAUCCAGUCAUGGCCAACGUUUUUUCAGAGUUAUGUUAAUGCUGCACAGCGCACAGCAGAGAUGAUAACCUCACAUUCCAAAUUUGCACAGCAGGAUCAUGAUGAUGAGGAGUCUUCUGGCAUCACAGAGUCUUUAACAGGAUUAGAAUUAGACUCCCUUCACACAGGAACUAGGCAGCUUCAACCUCCCCACACACUCUCCCUUCAUCAUGACUCCUCUUCUGAUCAGUCAUCUCCAGAAGAUCUCACACCAGGUUAUGCACCUCUGCGUGACACCCCAUACUCCCCAGAAGACUUCUUACCCUCCAGUCAAGACAACAGUGCCCAGCCAUUUGAUGAGGCACAGGAAGAGCCCCACUGUAGCUCAUGGAUUCUAGAAAAAUUACCAUUAGCCCGGAAAUAGAAGUUGAUGGAUUGGUUCAGAGGUAGUGUUGUGUACUGUUAGGUUAAGACAAGUGACUAGCCUUUGAUACAGAUUAUUAAAAUAUUGAGUUAGUGCCAUAUACUGGUACUUGCAUUAUGGCUUCUCUCCCUUAUGUGAGAUUAGUGUGGCAGUAAUCGCAAGAAUUUGCUCGAGAUUAGAUGUGGUUUUACAGGAUUAUGUGCUUAGCUAGGUAUAAGCAAAAGCAAAAAAGGAACAGCUGCAUAAGCAUUGGAGCAUAUGAUAUACUAAUUUAUAAAUCAAAUGCACUAAUUUAAAACCAUUUUCAAAUUAAUUGGUAAUUGUUAAGAAUUAAGUAAUUUUGUGGAAAAAAAAACACAAGACAGUUGAAUCCAUAAAGCAUAGCUUGUAUGCAGGUGGAGAAUUAAUCAAAGAGGUAUGUGUACUUCAGUGUUGAUUGAUGUAGAAGAUAGUAUCUAUUCUCUCAAGCUAUAAAGAUUUUUGAGCUUAAGGUAUGAUAAAUUGUUAAAAAAUUUAGUGAUACAAAGACUUAAACAGACUUUUGUAUUUAACAGUACUGUAUAUUCUUCAUUCAAGUCAUUUUAUAUACUGUAACUUGUGAAAUUCUACUGUAUUGCAUAAAAUUAUUGCAUAUAUA